GUCACACAUUCCAGUAGAGAGAGGGAGAAUAUAUGCGUGUGUGAGAAGGAGUGAGCGGGGAAUCCGGAGAAAUACCUUAAUGGAUUAUUGGAUGGACCCGUUUGUCCUUUACGCAGAAGGAAUCUGAUUUUCGGACAAAAGCAAUGGAUUGAGUUUCAACUUGACCAUUAAUAGACGGGUUCUAUCACCGGUAAGACAGAAAGCCAACAUGGACGCCGGUAGUCUGAUACAACAUAUUGAACGAGACGAAGAGACCACUUCAUGGCCAUUGUCGAUGACCACUGAGUGGUUGGAGGACGGAAACGAGACGACCUGGAAUCAGUUCCAACAGCCCGACUGGCAGGUGGCUCUCUGGGCUAUAGCGUACUCCCUCAUCAUCCUGGUGUCCAUCACUGGGAACGUCACAGUGAUCUGGAUUAUCCUCGCUCACAGGCGCAUGAGGACUGUGACCAAUUACUUCAUUGUCAACCUGGCUUUUUCUGACGUUUCAAUGGCGAGCUUUAACACCCUUUUUAACUUUGUGUAUGCGCUUCACAAUGACUGGUACUUUGGCUUGGGUUACUGCAGGUUUCAGAACUUCUUCCCCAUCACCGCCAUGUUUUCGUCCAUAUACUCAAUGGCUGCCAUUGCAGUGGACAGGUACAUGGCCAUCAUCCAUCCUCUGAAGCCUCGCCUCUCCUCCACCUCUACAAAGGUGGUGAUUGCCCUGAUAUGGAUUGUGGCAGUAUCACUGGCGUUUCCUCAGUGCUACUACAGUGUGACAAGAUUUUAUUACCCCAGAACUGUGUGUAUGGUUGACUGGCCUGAUGAUUAUGGAGGAACACAUCAACUAAGUUAUCAGUUUGCGGUUAUAGUGCUGAUCUACCUUCUCCCUCUGCUGGUGAUGCUGGUGACAUACACUAUAGUUGGCCGAUCGCUGUGGGGUGGGCACGUCCCUGGAGAGGCGUCAGACCAUUACCAUAGCCAGAUAAAUGCCAAGAGAAAGGUGGUGAAGAUGAUGGUUGUGGUGGUGGUGACGUUUGCCCUAUGCUGGCUGCCCUACCAUGUCUACUUCAUACUGGGAUCAUUUAACAGAGACAUUUAUAAGCAACAUUACAUUCAGCAGGUGUAUCUGGCCAUAUUCUGGCUGGCAAUGAGUUCCACUAUGUACAAUCCUAUUAUUUACUGCUGUCUAAACCAAAGAUUUCGCGCUGGUUUCCGUCAUGCCUUUGCUUGGUGUCCCUUCAUCAAAGUGUCAGAGGAGGACAAGAUGGAACUGCAGCACACACACACCUUCAGAGUCACCAUGACCCGCAGCCACCGCAAUGACAUGUCAUCUAUUAGAACAAACACUACAUACGUCUCAAACACGCUUGCCAGCAGUGACCUGGUCACAGAGAGAGAUGCUCGCAGACAGCUUAAGAAGAACACGUGCAACUCGCAUCCGGUGAAGAAACUGGACGACACAAAAUCUCCAGCUGUGGCGCUUAUGGAGCACACCCAGUGAUCGCUGACAGACAUCAUGAUGAGGACAUUCUCAAAGGGAAGGCAGUAGGAUUUUACUAAAUUGUGAAUAAAAACACUACAGCUGGUGGAGACAGAGGAAGCCCUGCGGAGUACUGGACAGAGUUAAUCAAACUAAGGCAUUCAUUCCUGUGGAUCAGGAACUUUGUUUGGGUCAAAUAAUACAUGAUGGAUGAAUGAAUGUGACUAUCAAGCUAUUGCAGCACAUACAAGACAUUUAAUUAUGCCACUGAAACAUUUGUGGCUGUGUGUAGAUUAAUCCAACCUUGAUCUAUUUACACUGCUCCAAGAAAUUACGCGAACACUUAAAUAUGUGUUCAUCGUGGUCAGAUAACCUUUACUGAUAUACUUUGUGUAAUUAAAGUGAAGUAAAAGUGGAAACCAAAAUCCUCACACCAAAGUCAAACAUAAAUUCACAGGCUGUUCCAGCUUGUGUCAUAAUGUGCCUCGGUAAUGUUUACUGGAUGCACUGGAUAUGUCUGGAUAUACUCCUGAUGAGAUACUGGAUAGUAUCCUGGAAGAUCUCCUCCCAGAUUUGUUUCAAGGCAUCAGUGAGUUACUUGAUAACCUAUUUGGCUAGUUGAUAGUCAGUUUGAGGAUUUCUCUCUGGUAUCAGAUAGCAGUCAGGGUAUCACUGGCCAAGCAGGUGGAGAUCUGUGCAAGCCUCCAAGGAUAUGCUUCCCCAGACUAUCACUGACCCACUGCCAAAAGGUCAUGUUUAUCAUGGCAUCCACAAUCUCUUUAAAAGCUAUCAUAUAUGCUCCGUGUGCACAGGUCUCACUAAAGGACAUAAGACCGUUGUAAGUCUAAUUCUAACAGUUUUGUCAGGGGCAUGCACAUCACUAGCCUUAUUUUGCAGAGCUCUUGCAGUACUCCUCCUCACCCUCUUUAUAGCAAAGAAGCAGAUACUUGUCCUGCUGCUAGGUCGUUGCUUUUCUACAACUCUGUCCAGCUCUCCUUGUGGCACAGCCUGUCUCCUCCUGGUAUCUCCUCCACACUCUCGGGACUGUGCUGGGAUACACAGCAAACACCUACUGGAGGACAUGGAGGAGUGGACUACCUUUGCAUCCUAAAUGGGAUGCAGGUACAAUUUCAUGCAAACAGCAGUGUCAAGGACGCUAGCAAAAAUUAAAACAAGAGAAAAAUCAGUCAGGAGGGUUAAGGAAGGAGCAGUGGUCUGUCGCCACUUGAUGCUCCUCCAGUGCAGCGGCUGUGACUUUCAUCCUAACUGGACAGACUGAUUUCCCUGAAGCAGAACUGACUUUGUGUCAUAGUGUGAUGAUCAAGUGUUCCCUUCAUGUUUUUAGAAGUGUAUUCCACUCCAAAAGUGUCCUCCCCCUGUUGCCAUGCUCUCUUUCAUCCAUCUUGGACAUUCAAGUGUUACUGGAAACAUUUAACUGUGGUUACUGGUUUUCUUGUGCAGAGAACGGACAAACAGUCCAAACCCUUAACAAUGUUGUUGUGUAGCGUCUUCAUUUGAUAUAAGGCUUUCUUUAACAAUUAAGCUAAAAUAGGCGUUUUAUUUAAUUUCUCUUCUAUAUUAACUCUCGAUAAUCAAAGUAAUUCACUCAUUCUUUAAGUUUGUUGGGUUUCAGAAUUGGCAGCAACAGCGUAGUUAGUCUUUUUAGUCUGGCUUUUACUCAUAUUGAGGACUCAUAAAACAUUCAGAGAUCAAUUAAAGCUCAAAGUGAUGUCAGAAAAUCACCAGUAAACACGCCUCCUUCUCCCAUUUUUGCCUUAAAUUAAUCAGUUGUCUGGUUUUGCAUGUAUUCGUUGCUGUGCAGUUCUUUCCCCCUUCACACAUUUGUUACAUGGUGCACAUUAAUACAGUAUUUCUCCUCUUAUAUUGUGAGUUCACUGGAUAAAGUCUACAUGAAAAAUUCAAGUGCCGCUACUUAGUACAAUCAAAUGUGAAACAUAGUGAUGCUAUCUACUGAAGACAUUCAUGUAAAAUACCCAGAAGUAAAUAUGAAACUUGUGGUUGUCGCACAGUUAAGAGUCAGAUAAUGACGCUUUAAAUAUUGUAACCUGUGAGCAUUAGGUUUCAGAAUGAAGCAAAAAUGUUUGAUUAUUGGAAACUUUUUGAUGUUUUAAGCACACACUGUGGUUGUGUGAAGUGUCUUGUUGUCUAUACCAAGCAGGAUUUUUGUCGUCUGUGGCUGAAAUAAAAAUGUUUAAAUAAUGUGACAGUAAGCUAAUAAAGUUACAAUACAGGAA